CUCUACACAAUUUUGUUCGAUUCAUAUGGAUUGUUGAUAGUGUGUGUUGUUAUCUCGGGACAAGAGGGGUUGUCUCUUCCGCUUCUUCUUCGCAGAGUACACAUCUUGCCCUCUUACCUUCUACACCAGGACCGGUUUAACUAGUUGAAUUGAACAACUAUAGGAGGGAAAAAUAUUUUAUUAAAUUUGGGUAUACAUGGUAAUAGAGAACGAGUUAUGAAUAUCUCUAUAUAACCUAAACUACAUGCAGUCACCAUUGAGUAUCUUCUGUUCGUUUCUGUAAUACAAUGCAUAAUUUAGGGGUGUGGGCUUGUUUCUGGCUUUCUCCCGAAGACAUUCUUAAGAUGUCAUGUAUUAUUGUAUAUGGGUGGAUAAUAGGUGAGGACAUAUGCAAAGUGGAUGGUUGAUUCCAGUUGCAGUUUUCUAUCAAAAUGUAGCUUUUGCUUGCAAAUACUGACUCAUUCAAGUCGCUCUGUCACUCGGCUCGGCUGCUUACAUGUUUUGCAUAAUUCGUGCUUGCUUCUACUUUUGAAAGGAUCCUCAUCUCCAACUGGUUACACAUGUCCUUCAUGCAAAUCACAAAUAUGGCCCACAAAGAAGCAUUUUGUUAGUUCCGGUUCUUCCCUUGCCAAUCAGUUGGAGGAAUUAUUUGCGAAGAGCCAUAUUUUUAUGUUGGACAAGAACUCCCUAUUGCCAUUAGCUUCUGAACUAUUAUCAAAUUUCUCUGAGCAAGGAUUCUCACAGCCACGUUCUGAGAUUCGAUCAAUAGUUUUUAGUUUGUCAUCACCUCUUGCUGAAAUGUACAAAGAUCCAAAGAGUCAAAAGGCACAGCAAAACCAUAUUCCUAAAGAUCAAAAUGUAUUAGAGAGUUGGGAAACACUUAAAUCACCAAGAAAGACGAUAAAUAUUGAAACUCCAAAGUCUUGUUCACCUGAGAUUGGGAUUGCAGAGUCUGUUGGAAGUCCAAAGAUUUCUGUAAUUUGUUUCUACCCAAUAAAUUUUGGUCAAUUCUUCAUUUCAUAUAUAAUCAAUGCCCAGAGAACUUUGAUUCAGGGAUUUUACUUCUUAAUUCCAAAAAUAAAAUAUUUUGCUGUCUUAUGCAGAUGGUGUACUCUAGAAAUUGUUCUUUUCGAGGCGAGAAAAAAAGUACCGACUGCCCUGUUCAGGACUGUGGAAAAGGUUUGAUGCAUAUACCAAGUGGUUAGUCUUCUUUUCAAUUUAUUUCGCAAAUUCCAUAACACUGAUCACAUAUUACCUUUUUUAACUAUUUCAAAGUUUUAGCUGGAUCAUGCAUUGCUCUAGAUUCCUGUAAGUAGGAAAAUGAAAUUGAUGAACAUAAAUGGUAUUAUCCAUGGCCAUCCACGGAAUAGAAUAUGCACUUGCAUAUUACAGUAAAUCUAUUUAUGCUCGACAAGUCUUGC